AUGGAAAACUUUAAAUAUAGAAAUAAUGAAAAUGAUGUUGCAAUUAUUGGUAUUGGAUUUAGAUUACCAGGUUGUAAAAAUUUUACACCAAAUGAAUUAUGGAAUAAUUUAAAAAAUGGAUUUAAUGGAGUGGUUGAAUUAAGUAAUAGAUGGAGUGACAAUUUCUAUACAAUGGGUAAAGUUAGUAGUGCAUAUGCUGGUUUAUUACCAUUUGACGAACUAAAAUCGUUUGAUCCAUUAUUUUUCGGUAUUAAUCCAACAGAAGUGCCAACAAUUGACCCACAACAAAGAAUAUUAUUAAAAUGUACAUGGGAAGCAUUUGAAGAUGCUGGAAUUGAUCCAAUUAAAAUCCGUGGUUCAAAUACAUCGGUUUUCAUUGGUACCUCAACUAAUGAUUAUCAAAGAAUCAUUAGAGAAAAAGAUCAAACAAUUACAAAUGCAUUUGGUACAUCUUUACAUGCUACAUCAAAUCGUAUUUCAUACUGUUUUGAUUUUCGUGGUCCAUCAAUGACUCUUGAUACUGCUUGUUCUUCCUCUUUAAAUUGUGUAAAAUUAGGUUAUCAAUCAAUUAGAGAUGGUACUUCAAAUUUAUCAAUUGCUGGUGGUGUAAAUUUAAUUAUUGAUCCAUACUUUACUGCUAGUAUUUCCGAUUUAAAUAUUCUUAGCAAAACUGGUUCAUGUAAAACAUUUGAUGCAAGUGCAGAUGGAUUUGCACGUGCUGAAGGGUCUGGUAUAAUUGUUAUGAAGAAUUUGAAACAAGCAAUGAUUGAUGGUGAUAAGAUUUAUUGUGUAAUUAAAGGUGCUAGUUCAAAUGUAGAUGGUGGUGGUUUACAAGAUAAAUCCAAUUUUUAUGCACCAUCAUCUUUAUCACAAUGCAAUAAUAUUAAGAUGGCAUUAAAAUCAACUAAUGGUACUGUUGAACCAAAAGAUAUUUCAUAUUUUGAAUGUCAUGGUACUGGUACACCAACUGGAGAUCCAAUUGAAACUAGAGGUAUUUCAAUGGUUUUUAAUGAUGAAAGUCGUUCAAAAGAAAAUCCAUUAUUAAUUGGUUCAAUUAAAUCAAAUAUUGGCCAUUUAGAAGCUGGUUCUGGUAUUGCUUCAUUAAUUAAAUGUUGUUUAAUGUUUAAAAAUAAAUGUUUUGCUCCAAACAUUAAUUUUAAAGUACCCAAUCCUAAAAUUAAAUUUGAAGAAUGGAAUUUAAAAGUUGUAACUGAACCAAUUCAAUUCACAAAAUCAAAUACUUGUAUUGGGUUAAGUAAUUUUGGUGUAACUGGUUCAAAUUGUUGUUUAAUUUUAUCACAAUUUAACAAUAAUAAUAAUGAUAAUCAAAUUGUUGGAAAUAAUAAUAAUAUCAAAUCAAAUAAAGAAUAUCUAAUACCAUUCUCAUCAAAUUCUGUUAAAUCAUUAGAAAACUAUCAACAAUUGUUAAUUAAAAAUGGUGAAAAUGAAUUUAAAUUUUUAGAAUUUAUUAAACAUCAAAUUUUUACUAAACCAACCUCACUUUAUCAACGUUCUGUAGUUAUUGCAUCAAGUUGGGAUCAAUUUAAUAAUGCCAAGAUAAUGAAAACAUCAAAUUCAAAAUCAUCAAAUAUUUCAAUUGAAAGAAAUAAUCCAAUAACUGUAUUUGUAUUUUGUGGUCAAGGUUCACAAUAUGAUAGAAUGGGUUUGGAAUUAUAUAAUAAUGAUUUUAUUUUUAAAGAAUCAAUGGAUUUAUUGGAUAAUAAAUUAUCAAAAUAUUAUGGUUAUUCAGUUUUAGAGAAAUUAAGAAAUUGUGAUUCAAAAUCAAUUCAGCAUCCAAUGAUUGCUCAACCUGUAAUGUGUAUGUUUAAUAUAUCAUUAUUUGAAUUGUAUAAACAUUGGGGUAUAGAAGUAUCAUUUAUAAUUGGCCAUAGUUUAGGUGAAAUUCCAGCAGCAUAUUGUUCAGGUAUGAUUAAUAUAGAUACUUUAUGUUAUUUAAUUUAUCAUAGAUCAAUCGCACAAACUAAAACCCAUACCAAUGGAAGAAUGUUAUCAAUUAAUAUCAGUGCAGAUGAAUACUUUUCACAAUAUUCUAAACAAUAUCCAGAUAUUGAAAUUGCAUGUUUCAAUUCACCAACUUCAAUAGUCAUUGCCGGUAAUGAACAAAAAUUAAACGAAAUUUCUGAAAUUCUAAAAGAAAAAGGUAUAUUUUCAGCAAUGUUGGCUUCACUAUCAUCAUUCCAUACAAGUAGCCAAAAUAAAGUAAAAGAGGAUAUUGUAAAUAAACAAUUUGAUUCUAAACAAUCUGAAAUUCCAAUAUUUUCUACAGUUACAACAAAUUUAUUCGAUUCAGUAACAUCACCAUUCAACUCUAGUUAUGUAUUUAAUAAUAUAGUUUCUCCAGUUAAAUUUUCACAAACAAUUUCAAAUUUAUAUAAACAUAUAGAAUCAAAUCAAUUAGGAAAUGAUAUCGUUUUCAUUGAAUUGGCUCCACAUCCAACAUUACAAUUUUAUUUAAAACAAAUGAUACCAAAACCAACUAAUGAUGAUAAUUCAAUUGAAUUUAAAGUUUCAGUUUAUUCAGCACUUAAUAAGAAAAACAAUGAUAUUGAAGAAAUUCAAAGAACCAUCUCACAAUUAUAUUGUGAUAAUGGCUAUAAUGUUAAUUUUAAAUGUCAAUUCCAACAUGAUGAUACCCAUGGAUCCAUCAAUUCAAAUAUCAAUCAAUUAUCUAAUAUUAGUUUACCACAUUAUCAAUGGGAUGAUGAAAAAUAUUGGAAAGAAGAUCCAAGUAUUUCCAAACUUAUUGUAAAUGGUCCACAAACUGAUAAUUUAGGUUAUUUAAAUGAAAAUUCACCAAAUUCCAAAUCAUAUGAAACAUUUAUAGAUAUUAAGAGACCACCAUUCCAAUAUUUAAAAGGUCAUAUGGUAAAAGGAAAAUACUAUUUCCCAGGUUGUGGUUAUAUUGAUAAUUUAUUAAAAAUAUACAAAUCACAAGAUUUAACAAUUAAUCAAAUGGGAUUUAAAUCACCAUUAAUUUUUAUAGAAGGUGUUAAUCAAGCUUUACAAACAAAUAUAUUUAAAAAAUCAACUUCUAACACCACCACCAAUAAUAAUGAUGAAUUUAGAGUUGAAUAUCAUUUUAAUGAUCAAAAAACAAAUCGAUGGAUUUUAUCAUCAUUUGGUGAUUUUCAAUUAUCAAAUCAUUCAAGUAACUCUGAUAAUUUAGAAAAGAUAAAUAUUAAACAAUUAAUCCAAAAUCAAUGUAAUUUAACAAAAUUAUCAAGGGAUGAAUUGUAUAGUCAUAUAAAAUCUAAAACAGGUUUAACAUAUAAUGGUGUAUUCCAAGGUGUAAAUAAAUGUUAUCUUGGUGAAAAUUGUUCAUUAUCAGAGGUUUCAUUAGAAUUAAAGAGAGAGCCAUCAUCAUUUUUCAAUACUGCUGUAUUAGAUACAUGUUUACAUGGUAUGCUUUGUUUGUUAGAGGAACAAUCUCAAUUGGUGUUUGAUAGAAUUGAAGGUUUUAAAUACCAUUCUUCAAAUGUACCAACAAGUGAAGAAGAAAUGAAAAUACAUUCUAAUAUUUAUGUUUACUCUACUAUUAAUCCAUCAAGAAUUGGUGAUUCAUAUUCUGCAUCAAUUGUAAUAAUGAUGGAAGAUGGUACGGUUUUAAUUGAAAUUGAAAAUGCAGUUUGUACAUCUUUAACUCCAAUUAAAGAAUCAAUAUCAGUUAAAUAUCCAACUAAUCAAUUAUUUUCAAUGUAUCUUCAAUCUAAAGAUUCACCAAUUCCAUCACCAUUAAAUUUCAAAUCAUUAUAUAAUCAAAACCAACAACAAUUAAAAAUAGAUAAACAAUUUACAGAUUGGAUGCAAAAAUGUGAAAAAUUCAUUUCAAAUCAAUUCUUUAAAAAUAUUGAAAAAAGAAAUCCAGAAAUUAAUUUAGAAAUUUUAAAUUCAAAAACCAUUAUUGAAUUAAAAUCAAAAUAUUGUCAAAAUUUAAAAAAUGAAAGAUUAUUUCAAUUUGUUUUUGAAACUAUUAAACAACUUGGUGUUAAUGCCUAUGAUGAUGAUGAUGAUUUAACAAUUGAUUCAAGUGAAGAUAGAAAAAGUAUUUAUGAAAUUUUAAUAAAAUCAACUAAAGUAAUUCCAAAAUUAUUAUUCCCAUUAGAGGAUGAAGAUUUAACAAUUGAUUCACCACAAUCUCUUUUUGAAAAUGGUUUAUUGGAUAGAUUUUAUAAUAAUCCAAAUUUAAUGACAAAUCAAUGUCAGCUUAUUGCUCAAAUUAUUAAAGAAUCUUUAAAACCAUUAUUAAAUAAAAAGAUGGUAUUUAGAAUUUUAGAAAUGGGUGGUGGUACAUGUUCAUUAUCAGUUGUUGUAUUAAAUUUAAUUAAUCAAUUACUUUUAGAGAAUCCUUCAUUUGAAAUUGAUAUAGAAUAUACUUGGAGUGAUAUUUCACCAUCGUUCAUCUCAGCCGCUAAAGAAAAACUAUCACAUAUAGAUAAACGUAUAAAUAUUCUAUAUCGUUCAAUUGAUAUUGAGCAACCAUUUAUUGAAAAGCAAGAUCUUAGUCCAUCAUAUUAUGAUUUUGUAAUAAUGUCAAAUGUAUUACAUGUUGUAAAGAAAUUAUCACCAAGUUUAGAUGAAAUUCAUAAAAUACUCACUCCAAACGGUCAUUUAUUAUUUGUUGAAAUUCCAUAUAAAGAACUUAUAUCUGAUAGUAUUUUUGGUGCAUUCAAUCAAUGGUGGGCAUUUGAAGACACUGAUAUUAGAAAGGAUAGAUGUAGUAUACCACCAAAUCAAUGGAUUCAAGUUUUGUCGAAUCACAAUUAUAAAGAUACUAUAGUCUCUGAUAAUAAAGAAUGUACAUGGUGCUGUUUUGUUAUUCACUCUCAAAAACCAUCACUUUUAGAACUAUCAAAAAAAAUUGAAUGUAAUCAAUAUGAUAAUAUUAUAGUUUUUGGAAAUGAAAAUAGUCAAGAUAAUUUCACCAAAUCUAUAAAAUUAUCAUAUAAUAAUAAUAUAAUUAAAUGGGUAUCAAAUAUUGUAGAAAUUAAAAAGUUUAUUAAAUUAAAUAUUAUUACAAAUAAUUCAAUAAUUUAUUUUACAAAAGGUAUUGAAGAAUUAACAAUUGAUAAUUUCAAAUUAAUUAAUUUCCAAUAUAUUCAAAUUAAUCAAUUAUUAUUAAAAUAUGAAUCAAAAUGUAAAAAUGUAUUGGUUACUCGUGAUUGUGAUGGUUCAAAUUAUUUAGCAUCAUCAUUAAUCGGUGCAGCAAGAUAUUUUGAUGAAUAUCGUCAACUUGAAUUAUUUACUUUAGAUUUUGAUAAUGAUACAAUUCAAUCAUGUGAUGAAUGUAGUAGUAGUAGUUGUAGCAAUUUAAUUAAAUUAAUUGAACCAUUAAUUGAUCCAAAAAUUAAUAUUCAAAGAGAAUUUUUAAUUAGAAAUAAUCGAGUUUAUUUUGAAAGAGCAAAAUUAGAAACAAAUUUAAAGAAAUCUUUUAAAUCUGAAUCAUUUGAAAAUAGUAAUAAAUUAAUUUCAACAUUAAAUUUUAAUUUAGAUUAUCAAUUACAAUCCAAACCAUUUAAACAAUUACUACAAAAUGAAAUUGAAGUUGAAAUUAAAGCAACAGGUAUUAAUUAUAGAGAUUAUUUAGUAUUUACUGGUUCUUUACCAAUUGAAAAAACUAAUCAUAAUGGAAUAUCAAAUCAACCUGAAUUUGGUGUUGAUUUUUCUGGUAUAGUUACCAAAGUUGGUGGUGGUGGUGGUAAUGGAGAAUUUAAAGUUGGUGAUAGAGUUUAUGGCAUUGGACAUAAUACAACAUCAUCACAUAUAACAAUUGAUUCAAGAUAUGCUAGUUUAAUACCAAAUAGUUUAGAUUAUAUUGAAGCUUCAUCAAUAACAUCUUCAUAUAUAUUGUCAUUGUAUGGUAUUUUUGAUAUUGGUAAUUUAGAUAUUCAAGAUAAUGAAUCAAUUUUAAUUCAUUCAGGUACUGGUGGUAUUGGUUUAUCAGCAUUAAAUUCAUUGAGAUGGAAAGGUCAUAAAUCCCAUCUAUUCGUUACUGUUAGUUCAAAAGAAAAAGAACAAUACCUUCGUGAUAAUUAUGGUUCGUUCAUUACAGGAAUUUAUUCAAAUAAAGAUAAGAACUAUCCAAAAUUAAUUAAAGAAAAGUUAAAUCAAUUAGGAUCAAAUAAACAAGGUGUAGAUUUAAUAUUAAGUAGUUUACCAAAUGGUGAUGAUAAUUUAAAUUUUAAAUGUUUAGCAAAGAAUGGUAGAAUAAUUGAUCUUUCAAAUAAUAUUGAUUUAUUUAAUAUUAGUAAAAGUAAAAUUAAGAAAUUGUUAAAUACAAUUAAUGAUGGGUUUGAAAGUGGUGAAUUACAAGUGAUACCAAUUAUUGAAUUUUCAAACUCAAAUAUUAGAGAUGCAAUUGAAUUUAUUAAUGAACGUCAACAUAUUGGUAAAAUAGUUAUAUCUCAUGAUGAUUCAAAUCUAUUAAUUGAUUUAAUUAAUAAACAUUCAAACCAACCAAAUUAUUCAAUACUAAAAUCAGAUUACCAAAUUUCUCAAUCAAAUUUAGGUAAAAAUAUAUUAAUUACCGGUCAAUCAGGUAUAGUUUUAGAAAUUUUAAAAUGGAUUAUUAAAUUUUCAAAUUCAAUUGAAAAUGUUAUAAUUUUAUCAAAAUCAUUAAUGAAAUGGGAAUUGGAAUUAUUAAUUGGUAAAACAAUGAAAAAAGCAAAUAACAAAAUUAAAUUUCAUUUCAAGAGUGUUGAUGUAAGUGAUUCAAUACAAGUUGAGAAUUCAAUUAAUCAAAUUUUAAAUGAUAAUCCAAAUAUUGUAAAUAUCGAUUCAAUUUUUCAUUUUGCAUUUACUCAAAUAACUAAAAAAGUUGAAGAAAUUGAUAUGGAAAGUUUAAAUGUAUCUCAUAAUGCCAAAACUAUUGGUGCAAUUAAUUUACAUAAUCAAUCAAUUAAUAGAAAUUGGAGAUUGAAUAAUUUUGUAAUGGCAUCAUCUGCAACAUCAAUCAUUGGUUCAACCGAUCAGUGUAGUUAUGUUUGUGCAAAUACUGUAUUGGAUUCAUUAUCAAAGUAUAGAAAAUCAAUUGGGUUGCCAUCAAUUUGCACAAAUUAUGGUGCUAUUGAAUCAGCAGGUUUCGUAUCAAAGAAUGAAUCUGUUGCGGCAAUGUUUAAUGGUAUUGGAAUUAUUUCAAUCUCAACCGAUUUAAUAUUGGGUACAUUGGAUUUACAAAUUCAAAAUCAACAAUCUUCAACCAAUUUAAUGUUGAGUGAUUUUAAUUUUUUAAAUUUUGUAAAUAAUAAUUUACAAUUAUCAUUAAUCUCAAAAUUUGAUUUCCAAACUAAUUUAGCUAAAAAUCAAGUUAAUGAAAAAUUACAAAACCAAACCCAAAAUCAAAACCUUCAAAUUCAAUCACCAUCAUCAACAACUGAUUGUCAAACAAUUAUUAAAGAUUCAUUUUUACAUAAAAUUUCUGAAGUACUAUCAAUUGAUAUUUCAAAAUUAAAUUUGGAUUUGAAAUUAUUAGACUAUGGUGCUGAUUCUUUAGCAAUUGUUCAAAUUAAAAAUUGGAUCGAUAUGGAAGUAUCACCAAAUUUAAUUGUCAUUCAACAACUUCAAACUUUUACAAUAACUUCAUCCAUUCAAUAUACAAUUAAUUCAUUUUUAAAGAAAAAAGUUCAAAGCCAAGAAUAA